GAGAGCACACGGGGAGCACCAACCAGCGGAAAGCAGAUCAGGACACUUCACCAGCACCACGGAAGGCGGCACGCGCGGCCCCGCGAUGGAGGACGUCUUACAACGCCUCGCUGAGGUUAGCAUCCGCCAGCAGCAAAUAGCGGAACACCUCGCCACUCGCCUGGGCAGGACGGAGGAUGAACUCGCCGCCGUCCGGGCGGCCGCGGCCCAGCGCGUUCCGCUACCUGAGCCUCGGGCACAAGCCACCCGUCUGUUGCCCAAGAUGACGGCCGAUGACGAUGUGGAAGCCUUCCUUCAGGUCUUCGAAAACACUGCCCACCGAGAGGGAUGGCUAGAGGACGAGUGGGCGCGUGCGCUGGCACCCCUACUCACCGGUGAAGCACAGAGGGCUUACUUCUCGCUCCCCCUGACGAGUGCCGACAGUUAUGUCGAAGUGAAGCGAGAGAUCCUGGCGAGGCUGGGCCUCUCCCCUGUAAGUGCCGCCCAGCAGUUCCACGAGUGGGAAUACAAGCCCCGGGUGCCAGCCCGUGCCCAGGCAGCCGAACUCAGCCGCCUCGCCCAGCACUGGCUGUUGGCAGGAAACCCCACACCAACACAGGUAGCGGAACGAGUGGUGGUCAAUCGCCUCCUACGCGCACUACCACGCGCCCACCGACAGGCCGUCGGCAUGAGGGACCCACGUGACGUCCGGGAACUAGUGGAGGCGAUCGAGCUGGCGGAUGCCGUUCAUCCCAGCGGGGCAGGGGACCGGCUGUGUUACUUUGAAGAUGGAAAGGGAUUCAGCUACACAGCUGAAGCUGAAUAUUCUACCUUGAUGGUGGAAAGUUCAGGAUCAGUGAUCUGCUGUCUGUGUUAG